AAAACAUACCAUAAUUAUCUCAGUCACCAGGUAAAAUAAGUUUCUUUCUUUGGUAAAUGAGGCAGUUCAAAAUUACAUUAUUUAAAUUACUGCUCAUUUUUGGCGUGUUUCUAACGGUAACCUUCCUCCCAACUCCACUGUUCUUAUUAUGUCUUAACUCCCAACAUUCAUCUCUAUUCUUCUUCUUCUUCUUUCACUUUCACCCCCACAAAACUCAACGGCUACUAAAAAAGAACAAUAACAGAGAAAACUAACUUCCCCAAUCAAAAAAAAAAAAAAAAAUUCCAUGGAAGAAGAAAUAAAAGAAGCUACAUUGAAAGGAAAAGAAGAAGUAAUAGUAAUUCAAUACUUACAACCUUCAAUGUCUAAUGAUCUUCUUUGUAAAUUCCCUGAUAAUUCGGCUUUCGAUUUCGACUACUCACAAAGCUCUAUUUGGUCCCCUUUAGUCCCUCGUUUUCACUCCCUCUCCUGCUUAAACACCAUAUCUCCUGAUUUUACUAGAAGACUUUCAUUUGAUAGAAAUCCCAUGUCAAGUAAUAGUAUCAAGAAAAAGUUGUGCACUUUUGGGUUCAAUUUCAAUGCUAAACUUCAAAACAAGAAGAAGAAGAAUAAGAAGAUGUUGAAAUUUAACAAUGGCCCUUCUAAUCUUCAGUCUCCUCCUUCCAAUAAGGGGUGGAAGAAGGUGUUAAAGAUGACAACUAAACAAUUUAAGAGAAAGAAGGAUCAUCAUCAUCAUCAUCAUCAUCACCAUCCUAUCUCUCGUAUCACACUUUCUGAUUAUUUGAAGUCUCAGAAUUUCUAGGUUUUUAUGGGUUUAUGUUGGUUGGUAAUCAUAAUCUUGUAGUAAGUUCAAAUUCUUUGUGGACUUCAGGUUGUUUCACGGGUGCAUAACAAUAAAACGAUGCUCUAUUUCAUGGUUAAGAAGAUAGGUUCGACUUUUAUGUUUCUUUUACCGGAGCCUAUUAGACUCCAACUAAUUCAGAUUUGAGCCGGAUCAAGAUGUAUUUUCAAGAAUCGAACCCAAAAAAGCAAAAAUGUUGUAGUAUAUGCUUAAGUUUAAACAGCCUGAAUUUGUUUAAUGA